AGAGCCCACAACGCAUUGGGCCGGUACCACUAGAAGCCCAUCCAUCUGCAACGAUUUCCUAAAAUCCAAUUUCAUCACAAAACCCUAAUUUCUCGCCCAUUUCCCUCCCACAUCCGCCAACGGAGCGAGGAGAGUGGCAGAAAUGGUGAAUUACAGGUUCCAUCAGUACCAGGUGGUGGGCAGAGCUCUGCCGACGGAGGCGGAGCAGCACCCGAAGAUUUACCGUAUGAAGCUCUGGGCUACCAAUGAAGUCCGCGCCAAGUCCAAAUUCUGGUAUUUCUUGAGGAAACUCAAGAAGGUGAAGAAGAGCAAUGGCCAGGUUCUUGCUAUUAAUGAGAUAUUCGAGAAGAAUCCAACCACAAUCAAGAACUUCGGCAUAUGGCUACGAUACCAAAGUAGGACUGGCUAUCACAACAUGUACAAAGAGUACCGUGACACCACUUUGAACGGAGGUGUUGAGCAGAUGUACACUGAGAUGGCCUCUCGUCACAGGGUCCGUCAUCACUGCAUCCAAAUCAUCAAGACGGCCACUGUCCCCGCCAAGCUUUGCAAGAGGGAAUGCACUAAGCAAUUCCACGACUCUAAGAUCAAGUUCCCCUUGGUCUACAGGAAGGUUAGGCCCCCAACCAGAAAACUCAAGACCACCUACAAAGCAACUAGGCCAAACUUGUUUAUGUAAUUUUGCUUCGAGUGAGAAUUCGCCUAGCUUGUCGUGAGGGUAAUCUAUCAAUUCCGUGCUUUUUUGUGAAUUUUUGUGCGCGUUUUGGUUUAGCUGUAACCGAUUUUGUUAGAUUGGAGUAUGGAAGAAAAUUUUAAUGGAUUACAUUUCUCUUCA